AUGGCGUCAUGUAUAGUCACUUCGCCAGGAGAUACUGCCCCGUCAUUGGUAAAAUUACGGAUUCCAUUUCAUAGCGAUAAACAAAAUGAAGAUUGUCUAUCACGAGUUAUUCUUGUCAUUGAUCGAUCUGGAUCAAUGUGUGGAGGUCCAUGGAAACAAGUACAAUCAGCAGUUCAAGCAAUUUAUGAAAUGAAUCAAAAAUUAGUGAGAGAUGCUAGUUUCGAACCUAUUGUUAUUACUUAUAAUGAUACCGUAUCAAUUACUGAUUUAGCUUCGAUUGCAAAAACAACAGCAUGUGGAUCAACAGAUUUCGUCAAAGCUUUUCAACAAGUGCAAACAACUGUAAAACAAAUGAAUGUUAAAAAACGUAUUGUAAUUAUUUUCAUGACUGAUGGAUGUGAUUCAUGUAAUCGUCCAAAUGCAAUUCUUGAUACACAAACAAAAUUACGUAUGUUUUUAAGAAAUUCUGGUUUCAAUUGUGUUGUACAUGUUAUUGGUUAUUCAAAAGAUCAUGAUUUAAAUAUGAUGGAUACAUUAAAAACUUUAGGUACAACUGAAGGUGUUUAUCGAUAUGCUGAAGGUUCAAUGGGUUUAGAUGAAAAAUUUCGAGAAUUAUUUGAAUUUGCUGAUGUGACUGUUGAAUUUACAAUAAAAUUACCUAAUAUUAAUGAACCAAUUAAAAUAACUGGUGAAAUGAUAGAUUCAGAUUAUGUUGAAUCUGAAUGUUGGUUAUCAUUAAAUGAAAAUAUAAAAGACCCUAUUGAAAUAUCCAUUGGAAGAAAUCAUUAUAAUGUUAUACCAAAAUUUACUGAACCUGAUACAAUUUUUAAUAUUAAAUCUUUAUCAAAACGUACAAAUAAUGUAACAACUCAAAAUGAAUUAGAUCAAAUUCAAAAUGAAUUACAACAAUUAAAUAUGUUUGGAAAUCAUGCUAAUGGAACUAAAGCUGAUCGACAAUUAGCUAUAGAACUUCGUGCUGAACUUCAAACACGUUUGAAUGCUUUACAUUCUAUUAUGGCUGAUAUUGCACGUGGUACAUUAAAUCAAACAGCUGCUCUAGCAAAAAUGAAUGAUUUACGAUAUGCCGAUAAGUAA